AUGCACUCCUUCAAGAGAUUCUCCGACUUGCCGGCUGAGCUCCGUGUCAGCAUCUGGCGCCUCAGUCGCCAACCCCGUGUCGUCGAGGUCUGGUAUGAUGCCGACGCCGACUGCUGCCGCACCACAGCACGCCCGCCCGCUCUGCUGCACGUCAACCGCGAGGCCCGUGCCGAGGCCCUGCACCAGGACUGGUACCGCCGCGCCUUUCGCACGAGCUCCCACCCCCGGGACCACUACAUCUAUUUCUCGCCCACCUUUGACGUCCUCUACCUGCCACGACAUGGCCUCAUGGGCUACGACGACACCGCCCGUGACUUCACUCUCCACGUCCGUGACACCGCCGAGCACGUGCGGGCGCUGGCCAUUGACCAUGUGCGCACCGACACCAUCCGGCCCUGGGAGCCGUAUAACAAGCUGAUGCUCCUGCUCAGCUUCCCGCACGUGCAAGAGGCAAUGCUGGUUGUAGGCUCGCAGACGAUGCCGGCGGCGUCGCCGCCUUCACAAUCCCCAGUUGGGCGAUUGCAUGACCGGAGGACCCUGCGUCGCCGUUCUCACGAGUCGAUCGAAAGCAUAUCAACACCCUCAAAAGGUGACGUCGUGCUGGUCGACCCUCAGGGCGAUACUUCGGCGAUCAUGGAGGUCAUCAACAACGUCAUCGAGUCGUUUUCGCGUGAAAUCGAGGCCGUGGCCGCCGCGUCGGACCACAGCAUUGGCAUCGACAACAGCAGUAACAGCAGUACAUCCCCGCUUCCAAAAGACGACAGCUGCAGCCCCGGUCGCACACUGCCACAUCUUCCUUGUCUCAUCCCCAAGGCCAUUGCCUACCAUCGCCAGCAGCGACGCCGACGCCGGCAUAAGCACCGUCCAGCCAUAUGUGCGUGA